GAGGAUGAGAGAGAGAGAGCGAAGGAGGGGGGCAAGUGAGGGCUAAAGAGACUGAGAAUGGAUGGGCGACGAGAAACCGUGCGAGCGAGAGAGACAGAGUGAGCUUGUGCAUGCACAGUGUCAGCAGCGGAGACGCACAAAGUCUAUGAGCUCACAUCAACAAGAGUGCGUGUGUGUGUGUGUGUGUGUGUGGCAGAGCUGACCGCCGGCAGAAGAGUGACACAAAAAGUCAAGAGACGCACAGAAGAAAAAGAAGAGAAGGAAGAAGAAGCGGCAUCAGAGGAAGAGAAGGACCGGAGACAGACUACGAGCUUACCACUGGUUUUGCCCUCUGCGCUCCCUAGUCAUGAUCCCUUGGGUUCUUCUGCUCCUGUGGAUCUCCAGACAUGGGGCGGAGGCCAUGUUUGCCCAGCAGCCACAGGACCUGGUGGUGGUGGCAGGCCACCCCGUGACGUUACCAUGCACUAUCCCCGGUUACCAUGGCGUUGUUCUGUGGAUCAAAGACGGCCUAGCACUUGGAGUUGGCAGAGAUCUCUCUGGCUAUCCUCGUUACACGGUGAUUGGUGACCACGGUUCAGGGGAGCAUCAUCUGCAAAUCCAGCGCGUCGAGCUGAUGGAUGACGCCGUGUUUGAGUGCCAGGCUGUCCAGGCUGCCAUGAGGUCCCGUCCCGCUCGUCUCACUGUGCUAGUUCCCCCAGAGGACCCAGUCAUCAGUGGAGGGCCGGUGGUGAGUCUGAGGGCUGGUGAUCCACUUAAUCUGACAUGCCAUGCUAACAAUGCCAAGCCAGCAGCCUCAAUUAUUUGGAUCCGCAAUGGAGAAGUCCUUAAUGGGGCCAUGUACUCCAAGACUUUGUUGCGGGAUGGUAGAAGAGAAAGCACCGUGAGCACGCUCCACCUAUCACCUUCCAACAUCGAGACAGGGCAGCACAUCAUCUGUAAGGCCUCCAACAAGGCAGUUCCCAACGGCAAGGAGACCAGCGUCACAAUUGACAUCCAGCAUCUCCCACUUGUCAAUCUCUCAGUGGACCCGCAGCCUGUUCUGGAGGGCAACCUUGUGAAAUUCCACUGCUCCGCAAAGGCCAACCCUCCUGUCACACUCUACAGGUGGGCCAAAGGAGGGAGUAUAAUCAAGGAGGUCUCUGGAGACACGUAUGAGGUGACUGUGGACCACUCCUUCUUUACGGAACCGGUUUCAUGCGAGGUUACCAACCCUCUUGGCAGCACCAACAUCAGCCGCAAUGUGGAUGUAUACUUUGGCCCCCGCAUGGCUGCAGAGCCUCAGUCUUUGCAAGUGGACCUGGGAUCUGAUGCUGUCUUCAACUGCGCUUGGACAGGCAAUCCGUCUCUUACCAUAGUGUGGAUGAAGAGGGGAUCUGGUGUGGUUCUGAGCAAUGAGAACCUCCUGACACUGAAAUCUGUGAGACAGGAGGAUGCUGGGAAAUAUGUUUGCCGUGCUGUGGUUCCCCGUGUAGGAGCAGGGGAGAAGGAGGUUUCUCUCACUGUCAAUGGACCACCGACCAUCUCCAGCACACAGACUCAGCAAGCUUUGCAUGGAGAGAAAGGGCAGAUCAAGUGUUUCAUUCGCAGUACACCACCACCAGAUCGGAUUGCGUGGUCGUGGAAGGAAACCGUGCUGGAGUCGGGAACAUCUGGCCGCUACACUGUAGAAACGGUCACCACAGAAGAAGGAGUAAUCUCAACGCUGACCAUGAGUAACAUCGUGCCGGCUGACUUCCAGACCAUCUACAACUGCACCGCGUGGAACAGCUUCGGCUCCGACACCGAGAUCAUACGCCUUAAGGAACAAGGUGGGAGCCAAGAGUCUCUCCCGGUGGCAGUGAUCAUCGGGAUUGCUGUGGGAGCCUUUGUGGCCCUUAUUGUUCUCAUGGGCACCGUUGGGGCGUUCUGUUGCACUCGCUCGCAGAGAAAAGAAGCGCACCUGGUUAUGCCCUCACUGCCCGUCUCCAUCUGUGCUCACCAGAGAGAACUUGCAAGCAAAAUUAAGACAGAAAAUCUGAAAGGAGUCGUGUCGGCGAAAAAUGACAUCCGCGUCGAGAUUGUGCACAAAGAUCACAAUGCAGCACGGGAGAAUGAAGAACACACCUCCAUGAAGCAACUGAUGGUGAGUGUCGAACGUGAGGAGUUCCAGCAGGAAUCUGUUCUGAAGCAGCUGGAGGUAUUACAAGAGGAAGAGAAGGAGUAUCAACACAUUAAGGAUCCUACAAAUGGCUACUACAGUGUUAAUACUUUCAAGGAGCACCACACGCCAACCAUGGUGGGCAACCAGUCCACCGAGGUGAGGAAUCCCACCAACACAGGUACUCUGGGCAAGCAGAGAGUACCGACAGGCAUGUCCUUCACCAACAUCUAUUCCACUCUGGGAGCAGGUCCCAACCGCCUGUAUGACUACAGCCAGCGCUUCGUGCUGGGCAUGGGCAGCAGCUCCAUCGAGCUCUGCGAGCGGGAGUUCCAGCGCGGCUCGCUCAGCGAUUCCAGCUCCUUCAUCGACACGCAGUGCGACAGCAGCGUCAGCAGCUAUAGCAAGCCCGAUGGCUACGUGCAGUUCGACAAAGACAGCAAGGCGUCAGCCUCCUCUUCCUCCCAUUAUUCCCAGUCCUCAUCGCAAAACUCUGACCUCACGCGGCCACUGCAGAAGCGCAUGCAGACCCACGUCUGACCAAGCGGGAGGAAGGGUGUUCGAGCGCGG